GCCCUCGGUUUUGCAUUAGACAAGAAUCGACCCUCAGACACCAUUUCCAAUUCUCAUUUUCAUGUUUUAAUUGGAGAUUGGCUUUAUCGAUUAACCAUCCUUUGAUGCAAGGUUCAUGUCGUUUUAUCAGAAAGAGAAACGUCCAAGUAUUUCGAAUGGGCUGUUAGAAAUCGAUUUUAUGUUUAUGCCAAUUAUACGGAUGUUUUCGAGAAAAUGACUCUGAUUCAGAGUCCUGAAAAGUGAAAAACCUAUUUGAGAGAAGAAGACAGUCCAUUGGAUAACGGUCCCAGUUCAUUUGUUUCAGCGGUCCUGACAGAUGAUUGCAUCAUGUAAAUGUUGAGAGUUUUUGCUCUCUCUCUCUCUUAACGCGCCCAUCACGCUCCAUAUUCAUCCGUUCAUCACCACCCACAAGAAGUUAUGGAAAGGAAAAAGUUUCCUGAUGCCACAGAUACCCGGGAGAAAUCGUUCAUAUUCUUUCCUUUUGAUGUCUAUAUAUAGCCUCAUUUAUUUCCACACAUUGGCAGUUCAACAAAGGCAGCAGAAGAUAUGGCCGAGAACAGAGAAUCCUUUCUCCUCCUCUGUUCCAUCCUUUUCAUUAUUGCUCCACUGGCUCAUGGAUGGGGAAAAGAUGGGCAUUUCAUCAUUUGCAGAAUAGCUCAAGCGAGGCUGAGUGAGAAAACAGCUGCAGCAGUGAACGAUCUGUUGCCGGACUAUGCGCAGAAUGACUUGGCGAGCUUGUGCUUGUGGGCCGACCAUGUGAAGUUCAGGUUUCCUUGGUCGUCUCCCCUUCACUACAUCGACACGCCAGACUCCCUCUGCACUUUUGCCUACAAGAGGGACUGCAAAAAUGAAGCAGGAGAAGCAGAUAUGUGUGUUGCUGGUGGAAUAAAAAACUACACACGCCAACUCGAGGCCUACUCGGACUCGUCUCUUCGAUCGCAAUAUAAUUUGACUCAAGCGCUCCUCUUCCUUUCACAUUUCGUAGGAGACGUGCACCAGCCACUGCAUGUUGGUUUUACCACAGACAAGGGAGGCAACACCAUCGACGUUAAGUGGUUCACAAGGAAAACCGUUCUCCAUCACGUGUGGGAUGACAGCCUGAUCGAGACGGCUGUAGAGAGAUUCUACGGCUCAGAUGUAGAAAGCCUGUUAGAUGAAAUUCAAAGUAAUAUUACGGGGGCCUGGGCUGGCAGAAUUGAUGGAUGGGAAAAAUGCAGCCGUGGCGUCACUGCUUGUCCUGAUGGGUAUGCGUCUGAAAGUAUUACUGCGGCCUGUAAUUUUGCUUACAAGGAUGUCGACGAAGGUUCAGUCUUGGAAGAUGACUACUUUUUGUCUCGUCUACCCACUGUCUACUUGCGUCUGGCCGAAGCUGGAGUGCGAUUGGCUGCAACUCUCAAUCGUGCUCUAGGAUAAGCAUCUGUAACAGGAGACUGCCACUACAAGAUUUAUGAUGGCCUAGUUCGAGUUUUACAUUGAAACUGCUUCUACGGAGAGAAUUUGGUUCUUCUGCUGAAUUCAGCAAAAUAUUAAAUGUUUCUUUUGGUUGCACACAGUGUCAGGACAGAAUGCCUUUUUAGCUGGUACUAGCAAUGGAAUAUUACCGUAUAAGUAAUCUUAAAUGACGAACUUCUGGUUUCUGCAAUUUAUUAUCUUCUCUAUUUUCUUUGUACUCUUGGUAGGAUACGAGGUCAUGACAAAAAACAAGCUGCCAUUUUGUCAAUCAUAUAUUUUUAUUACAA